CCCUGCUCACGGUGUCCUUGAUGGCCUCCGUCUCGGGACGGAUGCUGAAGACGUAUGUGCACAAGCCUGAAGACGUCCUAUGUGACGAAGCCUUGGUCAUGGACAGCGCUGGCGCAGGGGGGACGGCGGGCAGCGUCGCUCUUCAUCUGCACCGCCCCGUGGAGCGUAUGCGGCGACACGUGCAGUGUGGGAAAUGAGGUUUGCCGAAGGAAGGAGACAACCUCGUUGACGAUCGUCUUCUGUGCCUUGGACAGCAGGUGCUGCAAUUCGUCAUCACGGGUGACCACAAUGUUGCUCAUCUCCUUGCAGUGGUCCUUGUGACGGGCAGACCAGUCGCUGGCCUGACAACUGUUGCAGUACUGUUAGUAGACAACGCCACAUCCGCUUGCCGUCCACGAACGUUGCCGCAGUAGUUGCAUCGGUUGGGGUCCUCAAGAUCCGAAAGGGCGCUGGAAGAUGGUUGGUGCUGCUGGCAGGCACGGCACCCAAGCUGGCUGUUGGGCGCACCCCCUGAACAGGCGGCAGUAGAGGAGCGGUCCGGCACAUCUUCCGACGGCAUCUUGACAACGGCAGAUGCAGAAGACCUGCAGCACCUCCUGCGUACUGGCAAAUGCUAAGGAUCUCUCCUGGGAGUG